GGGCUGGGCCGCGCGGGCGCCGAGGCGGGGCUGCGCAUGCGCAGUGCCGGCGUCCCGUCCUGCUGCUCCUUCUCUCCUCUCGGGCAGGCGGCGGCGGCUGCUGCGGGGCCGCGCGGAGCCUUCCACCCGCUCGCAGGGCCCAGCCCGGACUCCCGGCCCGGAUAUGGCUCGUGGACAGCAGAAGAUUCAGUCACAGCAGAAAAAUGCCAAAAAGCAAGCUGAGCAAAAGAAGAAACAAGGGCAUGAUCAGAAGGCUGCAGCCAAGGCUGCCUUGAUAUAUACCUGCACUGUCUGUAGGACGCAAAUGCCGGAUCCCAAGACCUUCAAACAGCACUUUGAAAGCAAGCAUCCUAAGACUCCACUUCCUCCAGAAUUGGCUGAUGUUCAGGCGUAAAGUUGUCUACAGGUGAAAUCGUGGCACCUAUUGACUCUUCUACUGUCAGACCUUACAUAACAAACCUGCAGCUGCUUUUCUAAAACUGUUGAUCAGCAAAAAUGAAGGGGCUACAGAAACAUUCAUAUUUUUAUGCUGUUCCCUCUUGGGCUUCAUGCAGAGACAAUUCUGUGUAAAUGUACAGUUGUGCCCUAUUUGGAAAUCCUGAAAAAUCAGUCCAUACUUGUUAUAAAAAAUUUUUUACAAUUGUAAUUAUAUUGAUGUUCAUAUUGUGUAAAAUAACUCAUUUAAUAAAGUAGUACUUUGAUUUUACAAUAUCACAGAUUAAAUCCUUGUAGAAGUUCUGUUUCAACUUUCUGCAUUAUCUGCCUUACAAGAUAAUAAAAAAAGACAAAGUGGAAUUUUCCCCAUCCUGCCAAAACAUGAGCAGUAUCAUUCCACUGAAAGUAAUGUACAUUACAGUAAAUUAAUCUUAAGUGAAGAGGGAAGCAGCUCAGGAUUACUCUUCAGUGUGCUGUCUGCUCAAGCCCAGUCACUAGUAGUUAAGUUUCUGGCUUGAGGCGCAGCAGAUUCCCUAGAAGCUGCAUGAAAAUUGUGAGACUUCUACAUUUUUGUCCUGUGUAUUGGAGUCUAAUACUGUGAGCCAUUUUGAAUGGGAUUCCUUUACUGUGAGGGAUGAUGUUUCUUGAAGUCCUGCACUGGAGAGAUUCAUUUUAGCCUUUAUAUUGGGUAAAUGGCUGAGGAAGCUGAGAAGUGGCAGGAUUAAAUGCUGGCUAGAAAAAUGGUCUCAAAUAUUAGGUUAAAGCAACUCUGCUCUUAGUUGAAAAAUUGAUUUGGAAAGAUUUUUUUGAUGAUAUUUUGAGCAGUUGACCACACAUGUCCCUCCUCAAAUGCAUCUGGUUAUUUCAGUAGCAACUCUUUAAGAAAUAGGCAGAAUAUCCAGCCACUAAUAACCUUUCUUCACAACCAGCCUAAAAUAAGCCUGUUGGAAAAGAGCCAAAGUAACUAAAAUAAUACGGCUACUUUAGAAAUCGGAUGUGAUUAAAGUUUCAUUCAUGCAAUUAAAAAAAAAAAAGCUGGAUAAUAACUCUUUGGCCAAGAACAUUUGAGCAGCUAAAUGUAAUUACCCUUAAAAGUGUUCUGGGCUCAGUUCUAACUCCUGAUAUGCAGCACAGAAGUAGUGGAGAGACAUCCGAAUUGUGCUAAAAGGUCUGCUAUCCAAAAUCACAUCUUUGGCAUUUGGAGGGAGCUUAUUUAAGAGCUUUAGUUUUGACCUUGCAGUAAGAAGCAAUACUAUAAUUGCUGUGAUUUACUGAGGUUACAACGGAUGUAAAAACUCUGGCAGGCAAAGUAACCAUUGCUACGCAGCAGGACUGUAUAUCUGACCUUCAAAUGGCUUCCUAAAAUCUAGGACCAUAGUCUCAAAGACUCAUUCACUUAAAAGAAUGCACUUGGUAUUUUAUUAUAUAAAGUCAAAGCCUUUGUCUUUGUCCACUCAUUUGCUCUUUAUUGAACUACUUCUGUGAGAUUAGCUUCCUGUCCUCUUUGCUGUGACAGUUACCUCUGUACAUACUUUGGCAUAGACUUUCUCUGUAUUAUAGUCACUCCAGGAUAACCUGUGUACCACUUAACUUUUAUAGACAAUGUUGUUCCCUGAGAGUAAUCCACUACUGCACUUGUACACCUGACAUCAGAAUGUAAUGCUUCAUUUGUUUUUCUUUAAUGUUAUCAAUACAUAUUUCCUGACAAACUAGCUUCUGCAAGGCAAGAAAUCUGCUCUCGACUUGUGUGCUGUGUGGCGGAGAGAUACGUUAAUGUUCUGAUGCCAUAGUUUGUCUAAAAAUAGGUUGAGUGCAAAUGGAUAAAGAUGUUAGUUGCACUGAUUAGUAAUUGGUAAUCUGGCUUUACUUUGGAAAAUGUUCUGGGAUGUAUCCCUGUAGCUUGGUCUUGAAGGGAAGUAUAUGUUCUAUUCCUUCAAUUCAGAUUGUGUAGCAUUAAAUAAAAAUAUUUUGUUUCAUAA